UAUAUAUGUUGGGAUCUAAAUAGUUUAUUUCCCAAGGUUAAGUGUCUUGCUUUUUGCUUGAUAGCACACCAAGUACAUAGAGAUGUGAGAAUGAGGUAUAUAUUAAGCUAUUCAUUGAUGGUGCACCAUAUACAGAACCACAGCUGUCAAUGCAGUCUGAUGUUGCAUAUCACGUCUUCUAUCUUCUUCAUCUAAGUUUCUUAAAUUUCAAAAUUAAAAUCUUAAAAAAGUACUCACUUUUUUUCUUGUAAUUAGUGUAAUUAGUAUAAUUAUUCUUGAGUUUAAGCAGGAAAAAAACGCUUAGAACGUGCAAAGUGCAUCCACCUUUUUUUCUUAAGAAGAAGACCGAGUCGCAGUUAUUCUUAUAAUUCAAUCAUCUUCUCAUCACCAAUUCAAUUCUUCUAUUGGCUCAUCUUCAGUUUCUUCUCCAUACGCCAAUUAAAGAGAUACAUAGUAAGAACCAGAGAUGGACUUUGUGCAGAGAAAAGUGAACAAUUUAGGAAGUAAAGUUGCUACUUUCCCUUAUAUUGAAACUAUUGGAAGAGCUCUCUUUUCCUCUUCCUUCUUCUUCUCUGCUUGGCAUGAUUACAUGGAGCUCAGCUCCAAUUGGGAAGGAGCACAGGAUUACUGGAGACCGAAGUUCGGAUAUUCAGGAGACCAGAUUAAGCAUCUUAUGGCUAUCAGUAUGAUAGUGAAGACGCUUGGUGGACUUGUCUUCAUCUAUGGCAGCUUCUUUGGAGCUUUCCUCUUGCUUCUACACCAAUUCAUUGUUACAAUGAUCCAUCACGAUUUUUAUAGUCAUCGUGUCGACAUUGAACAAUUUGGACUCCUUUAUCUCAAAUUGAAAAGGAUCUUGAAUGAAACUGUGUCUUACGACACCGUAAACAAUUUCUACAAGUCAAACUUUGACGAGCAGCAUGUUGAGAAUGUCAUAUCAAAAUUCCGUGAGCUUACGGAUCAGGCAACUACAAACUCUUCGUUGUUUGGACAUGCCGAGUUUGUUCAGCAUCUCUUAAGCUUCAUCAAAGGAUUGGCCGUAGUAGGGGCAUUGCUCUUUUUCUUGACAAUGAAACACAAACUCAACAAAGCUAAAAAAGAAUCCAAAGUAAAAACUGACUAAAACUAAGCCCACUUUCUUUUGUUUUCGAAACACAAGCCCACUUUCUAUAUAUUACUUUUCUUUAAAGAUUUCAUUUGAUUCCCUUUGUCUUUGUGUCUUAGAUUUAGAUCUAAACAUGGAAUCAUUUUUUGGCUAAUGAACAAACACUAUCUAUCUC